AUGACAUCUGCUCUCAUGAUCCUCUUCCUUGGCUGCUGGCUGGCCGGGCAGAGCAGGGUGUCGGGAGGGGGAACCAACCUGACUCAGCCGGGAACGGCGCCGGCUCCCACCCGCCCAGGCAGCGCGGGGCCAGGUACCGAGUCUGGGGGCACGAAAUCACCAUCAACCCCCCCAGAAACAGAGGGAACCAACCCAGCUGGGACCCAGCAGCCGGAUCCCCCCCUGACAAAACCAGAGGGAGAAGAGAGAACCGACUCGACUCAGUCGGGAACGACGCCAGCUCCUACCCGCCCAGGCAGCGUGAGACCAGGGGGAACCGACCCAGUCCAGCCUGGAGCGGUGCCGGCUCCCACCUGCCCGGACAGCGCGGACCCAGGUGGAUCAGAAUCACCGAUGCCGGCACCGAUGCCGGCACCUCUGGAUGUGCCCUGCCCCAUCGUCUUCGGGAUGAGCGCGGCAGCCGCUGUCCUCCUCCUCUUCCUCCUCAUGGCCUUCAUCUGCUUCAGAAAAACCCAAGCCAUUCAACAGAGUAAUGAAGAUCUACUUUCUGCAGAACAAUUUCAGCAACAGUAAACCAAAGAAAUCUCAAAAGAUCUCAGUGAUGCGGUCAUCUUCCUCAAACGAAUAUAUUCCACCAACUUUAAAUUGGAUUGCAAGCCAAAGGAAUUGCUUCAAGAAAUAUUCAAACUUGGACUCUCCGGGGUGUUUCCUAAUAUCACAAUUGCAUUGGGCAUAUUGUCAGUUUGCCUGCAUCAGUGGCUCCAGGUGAACGCACCUUCAACGUGUUGAAGCAGGUAAAGGACUAUCACCGUUCAACUAUGGGACAAGAGCGUUUGAAUGGGCUCGCCAUGCUUAAUAUCAACUGCGACAUUGCACGAAAGAAAGAUUUUUCCUCAAUAAUUAGUGCAUUUGCACAGAAAAAGGCUAGAAAAGCAUUUGUUAAAUAAAAAAAUAAUCAAAUUCAGUCUU